AUGGGAGGGGCGCGAAAGGAGAAAGGAGACGCGGAGGCUUUUAAAGACGGGGAGGGCGCGUCAGAGGCGGUGCGCGGCAGUGGGAACGCCUGCCUGGCGGCUGGGACGGCCAGCAAAUGCGGUUGGAUGGGCGGCCACAGCACCGCACCUGUGCCCAAGGAGGCGACGCUGGCGGCGGGGCCCCCUCGGAUGCGGCCGGCUGGGGGCUGUAGGCAGCGUCGGCACGGAGAAGCAAGCAAGAAGGAAGGACGCACGCGCGCUGCGGCGUUUGCGCUGCGGCGUUUGGCGCGGUUUGCGGCUGGCGCCUUUGGUGGCAACGGCCGGGACAAGCAGCGGUGUAUGGUGGUGUGCGGGGCGGACAGGGGCGGCGGCGGUGGUGGACUGGGAGGAGGCGAGGCGGCGCCGACGGUGGCGUGUGCAGAGGCGGUGCGCGGCAGUGGGAACGCCUGCCUGGCGGCUGGGACGGCCAGCAAAUGCGGUUGGAUGGGCGGCCACAGCACCGCACCUGUGCCCAAGGAGGCGACGCUGGCGGCGGGGCCCCCUCGGAUGCGGCCGGCUGGGGGCUGUGUGCAAGAUGUGGAGGUGACCACAGAGCAAAAGAUUGCCAACUACCGACAAAUGCCAUCCUACACUGCAUCAACUGUGGAGAAGACGGGCAUGCAGCGUCCCACAGAGGCUGCAGGGCGUACCAGGAAGCAGCAGAAGCUUACAGAAGAGAAAACCAACAACACCAGCAAAGACAAGCAAGCCAUCAGCAACAGAUACGACCAACAGCGAUGCCAACACCAGCAGAGGCACAACAAAGAGGGAGAAGAAGAGCAUGGGGCAACAUUAACACACAAGGACCUGAAACAACAACAGGCAACCAACAACAAGGUAUGA